UUGAUUCACUCACGUGUACGUACCACUGAGGUUCAACAGGACCAGGGUUUUUGCCUCCUUUUUCUGAGAAAUAUUUUUUUUUCAGUCAAUUUCGACUUUUGCUCGCUUUCUUCAGACUAAUUGUAAUAAUAAAAGAUAUUAGAAAUGGAGGAAAUCCGAAAGGAAGAUUUGACCGGGAUGCACCACGAAUGCGGUGUCUUUGGCUGCCUCGCAGGCCGUCCUUGGCCUACACAGUUAGACAUAGGCCAGAUCAUUUGCCUUGGAUUAGUCGCACUCCAGCAUAGAGGACAGGAAAGUGCAGGCAUUGUGACAAGCGAAGGCAAGUGCUCCACCGGCCUCAAUGUUAAGAAAGGAAUGGGUAUGAUCAAUACCAUUUUCAACGAUGAAUCGAUGAAAAAACUCAAAGGAAAUCUCGGAAUCGGACAUACCAGAUAUUCAACAUCGGCAGCAUCUGAAGAAGUAAACUGCCAGCCUUUUGUUGUUCAUACAGCACAUGGUACACUUGCUUUGGCUCACAAUGGUGAACUUGUCAAUUGUGAUGCUUUAAGAAAAAUGGUAUUGUCUAGAGGAGUUGGUUUAUCCACGCAUUCAGACAGUGAACUUUUAACCCAGGCACUUUGCCUUAACCCACCAGAGGGAGAAGACAACGGCCCAGACUGGCCUGCCAGAAUCAAACACUUGAUGGAACUGGCGCCACUUUCUUAUUCACUUGUUAUACUUAUAAAAGACAAAAUCUAUGGGGUGAGGGAUCCUUUUGGCAAUAGGCCUCUCUGUAUUGGUAAAAUUGUACCUGUCAAGAACAAAACAGAGAACCAGAGUGCUGAAGGUUGGGUGAUUUCAUCUGAGUCUUGUGGUUUUUUGUCAAUCGGGGCACGCUAUGUCAGGGAAGUCCUUCCGGGUGAGAUUGUUGAGCUGUCAGAGAAAGGCCUCAAAACUAUUGACAUUAUCGACAGGCCUGACAACAGAUCGCUUGCAUUCUGCAUAUUUGAAUAUGUUUAUUUUGCCCGUUCUGAUAGUAUUUUUGAAGGACAAAUGGUUUAUUCGGUACGGAUGCAGUGUGGAAGAAUGCUCGCAAAAGAAGCCCUUGUCAGUGCUGAUAUUGUAAGUUCAGUACCUGAAUCUGGAACUGCUGCUGCGCAUGGAUUUUCUAGAGAAUCUGGCAUCCCAUUUGCUGAAGUUCUUUGUAAAAAUAGGUAUGUUGGAAGGACAUUUAUCCAACCAAGUACAAGACUGAGACAGUUGGGUGUUGCCAAAAAGUUUGGCGCGCUUUCAGAAAAUGUUGAAAACAAAAGAAUUAUACUUAUUGAUGAUUCGAUUGUACGAGGAAACACAAUCGGCCCAAUUAUCAAACUUUUGCGAGAUGCAGGAGCAAAAGAGGUUCAUAUCAGAAUAGCUUCUCCUCCGCUACGCUACCCUUGCUUCAUGGGUAUCAAUAUACCGACAAUCGAGGAGUUAAUCGCAAACAAAUUGAACAGUACAAAACUUGCAGAGCAUGUCGGUGCUGACAGUUUAAUGUAUCUUUCAGUCGAUGGAUUAAGGAGGGCUGUCAGAUGUCAAAUUAAAGAAAAAGACCCCGAUAAAAUAGGCCACUGCACAGCUUGCCUUACUGGUGAAUAUCCAGUGCCUUUAGAAUGGUGAAAGUUUAGCUUUCAAGAAGCUUUUAAUUAUGAAAACAUAAUUAGUACAUGAAAUAUCAAAGUUGGUGAUUUUGUUACCUUUUCCCAGUUGUUUUUACUUCUAUAAAUUGAAACAAAACUGGGUAAAUUUCUAUAAAGAAUACUCAUUUAUGUUAGCGAGGUGAUGUUUUAAUGACAAUAUUGUUAGGAUAGUGCAAUAAAAAAAAGUGUAGAUGUAUAAUUGACAAGAUGUUGAAGUAAACAUACACAAAUUAAUUUUACAUAAUUUUUUAUCAAUUAAAUUCUAAUUGAAAUGCUCAAACAUAAAUCAUGAUUUUUGUAUGAGGCUUAUUAAUUUAUUUAAAACUAAUUUAUUGUUAGCCAAUAUCACGACGAGCAUGAGUCGAUUUGAUGUAAUAGUUUAAUAUAAGCUAAUUUGUUAAAUAUUUGUAUAUACAUGUAAUGAAAAUGUGAAACAAAUAAAGUGUAAAAAAUGUGUUAUUUAGUGA